UCUCUCUCCAGUGAAGUCAGUCAGGAAAGUGCUGCUCUUUUCUUCUUCUGCUCGCAAACAAGUCUCUUCAUUCUCUCAGCUUUAAUUUCAUUUAUUGUGUUUGAAUCAUUUUAUUGGGUUAAUUUAUUAGUUAUUUUAUCACUUCCUGACAUUGUUUUGUUUCCUGACUUUUUUCCAUACUUUAGUUUUUAUGUUGUUGUAUCUCUUUAAACACUUUUAGUGUUAUCCUGAAUCUCUUGUUGCUGGCAAGAAAGCUUUCCUCCCAUCAACUCGUUCAUCUGAAAAUUGGUGUAAGAUGGCGGGACUUUCUGGUUGUGUGCGGAGUCAUGGACAUCUUCACCCACCCUCCUGUUUUCUCACCAAUUCUACCUAGAAACAAAGUACCUACUCAUGCCAUGGCGAUUUAUUGGACAGAUGUUAGAUGUUGUUAAGAUGAUGGAAGUGGCUGAUGGUCAUCAUGCUCAUUCAAGUUUAUUUCACAUGCAAACAAACGUAUGGCACGGUAAACCAGUCAUACAGUACAAACAUAGAAAGGUCAAAGGGAAUUGUCUUGCAGUAUAGGUCAUCGCAAACAGCUUCAGAUAUCGGGCCGGCUCUGUGCAGUCCGGACCAGAACCCGGUUAGUCUUUUUGGCGGCCACAAAAACAAAAAAAACAAGUUCACACUGCAGUCGGCCAUUUUUUGAGGGAAAAAAACUUGCAGGAAAUCCUCAAAAGAAGUCACGCCUGUCAGAUGGUACCAAGAGAACCAUCUUGUUGUUCAUCCCAGCUGUUUGUGUGCGUGCGUGUGUGUGUGUGUGUGUGUGUGUACAUCUCUAAUUGACAUGUGUGAGUGCAGCCCCUCCCUCCUCUGAUUCUGACCUUAAGGGCUAUUUUGGGUCAAGCGGAGCCAGACAGAACCUCUCCAAUGUGUUUUGGGAUUUUCUUCAUCAGUUUGUGCUUUUUCAAUGUCUUCCUUGACUUGUGCAAAGUAGUCUUGAUGGAGUCCACAGGCUGCUGUGACGUCACUGCUGGAGCUCUAUACACACGCACACACACACACACACACACACAAUGGUUAGGUGAUGCGCCCCCCUCACCCAAGCGGUCGUGUCAGUCCGUACCUAUAGUGAAGACGAUGAAGAUAAUGACGGCCACGCCCAACAGCAUGGCCAAGCAGCUGAGCAGAAGUGACACCCGUCCGUACUUCCGGGCUGCCUCCACAUCGCCAUUGUUGAGCACCGACCUCGACUGGCGGGAAACACGAGAGCAGGUGUCAGACGCACACAUCCCCGUGCGCACAGCCAAACUUGCGAACUCACCACGCUGGCGUACCACAGCGCGCACACGUUAAGGGGCACGCCGGGGCAGAGGCACGACAGCACUGCCAGCCACAGGUAGCUGGGCGGUACCGACCCGGGCGGGAUGGGGGAGGCCAAGCUGAGGCGGGAUAAGGACCUGGGUGCGGCCGCCAGCUGGCCCACCGAGCCGGACUUGAGCGGCGACCUGUGUCCGUUCUGCUCGGCGUCCAGGGAGCGAACGCUGCCCCGCAGGUCGAGCGAUUCGGAGGUCUUGACGUUGCUCUGGCCGCCCGGUUCGACGGUACCGACGCUCAGCAGCUUCUCCGUGUCCUGGAAGUCGCCCGGGUUGGACGCGUCUCUCUGGACCAGGGCGCUGCUGGCGAAGGAAGCGUCGGUGUUGAUAGCCAUGGUUAAAACAAAAAAAAAAGUUGUGCGUUUGGGUCUGGACGGAAGGUUCUUUGGUUCUGAGGAGUCUCCCUCAGAGGUUCUCCAUCAGUGUGAUGUCUGUGGUGUCAUCCAGGUCCAAAUGUCCUCCUGCUCAGAUGGAGUGAGCAAUCAGCCCAUCCCCGUGCGUGGUAGCGUGCACGCAGCAACGCGGUGCGUAAAAGCUUUCCAUAUAUGCGCGUGGCUUCACACGCACGCGCGUUGCUGACUCAGUCUGCUAGAGUCCAAAAGUGCAGAGCUCAGUCGAACCAGAACCUCUCUUAAUGGCCCAUACCUCCGCCAAGGAAGACAUUUGUUUGUUAGUCAGCACACUUGGAGGGGGCGGGAAUUAUGACCAGGAGGAGCAUACUUUUUUCAUACUUUCCUCCAUUCUUAAGAUGACAGAGGGUGACAUAUCUUUAGACUUCACGGUUAUACUUUAGGGCUCGUACAGAAGCAUGGAAUUUGGUUUUCUAAAUUUGAAGGUCUGGAAAAGUAUUCAGUUCAUCACUUAAGUGUUGCAGCUCAAAUGCUACACAUCUACUGAGUCUGGGAAAAAGUAUAUGGAGUUUUGAAUUGUCAAAUCCGUAGGAACCCAGUUCAAGGUUCAGACCCGCCUGUCUUCUUUAGUGGCACGUGUAGACCGUGACGUCAUGUCUCAGACAAAGAUAUAUCAAUGUCCACGUAAAUCGAUUGUAAUCCUCCUAAUUGUAUAAACGAGGAAAGAAGCUCAGGAUAUUUUCAAUUGAUUGUUCGUUUGGGUCGUAUAGAACAAUAUCCCCCACCAUGUUAUGCACACACGUGACUAAGCUGGCCACAUUUGUGGAGGUAUAAAACAAAUUUCAACAAUCACCAGCAGGUUGUCAGCUGCGCUUUCUAGGAAAUGUGGCGCCACCAAGUGGUCGUAGUGAGACACCGCGUCAUGACCUUUGUGCUAGUGCUUCAACUCAUCCACUAAACUGCGUUAAUGGGACUUGAUGGAUUAUUUUCAGUCUUUCUAUUAACUUCUAUCAAGAAUGUCCUUGUCAACUGUCUUUCCAGGAAGAAGCAUACAAAAGUUUCUUUAAAGCAAAAUAAGACAUUUUUUGUGGAAUCGUGCAGCCCUACUUGACUACUUUUCAUACAUUUUACAAACUUGAUGCUCCUCGCCCUUUAGGUGUGACAUCACCAACUGUCAUACCAACAGGUGAUGCCUUCUGGCUUUAAACAGACAUGAUGUGUUUUUAUUUGAUGCCUUAAUUAGCUCUCAUGGUUCUGCUGGUCUUAACAUUCAUUCGUUCAUUUUCUAUCCCUUAUCCUCACGAGGGUCGUGGGCGUGCUGGAGCCUAUCCCAGCUGUCUUCGGCCGAGAGGCGGGGUACACCCUGGACUGGUCACCAGCCAAUCUCAGGGCACAUAUAGAAAAACAACCAUUCACACUCGCAUUUAUACCUUUUGGAGUCGCCAAUUAAUGUGUUUAAUUCAUGUUUUAUGUUAAUGUUUUUGGAAUGUGGGAGGAAGCCGGAGUUGGUCUUAACAUCUCAUUGGACUAUAUGACAAUGUUCCUUCCAUGUUAAUAAGUGUACAGUAAUUAACAUGAAUGCAUGGUGAAAGAAACCGAUGGUUAAAGAAAGUUAUUUUAAUAUCAAAAUAAGGGGCAAACAAUCAAAAUGCAGAAAGGUUUAUUUAGGACAAACAGCAAUACAGAAAUACUGCACAUAUUAAAGCUGUUUUCUAUAUUGUAUAUCCAUCUUCCUCCUCACCUGCGGGUCAGUUCUGACCAGAACAGUUCUUCAGCUGGCAGCUUUAGCAUGUUUCAGGAACAUAAAGCUUGCCAGUGAAGAACUGCUGUGUGUCAGCCAUCUUUGACAUUAUGAUAGAAGGGGUCAGGAGUGCAAACUUCAUUUUUAUUUGUUUAUCUUCCGUGGUGAAGAGGCUCCUGUAGAAAGAGAAGAAAGGAUAUUUGAAACUUAAAGAGUGUGGCUAUGAGAUGGUGUGUAUUCAUUAAAAACACUAUGUAUUUAUGAAAGACUUUAACCCUGACACCAACAUUGUUUACAGUACUCUAGCCUGCGUGUGUGUGUGUGUGUGUGUGUCACAUCUGACGACUGACGUGAUGUUGAUGAAACAUGAGAUGAUUUGCCAGAUUAGCUUUGUGCAUCAUCUCUGCAGGCUCAUUGUCCCAUCUAGACUACUCGUUGGUUACCAUGGUUACGCACCAAGACCUAUUUGAGCGUGUGUGUGUUCUGAUUAUGUACUUUCAUUUAAGUCAGCUACAGAUGUACCCAGUGACGGAGCUACGUGGCCACGGUUGGUCACUUUCCAGCCACCCUACUGGCCAUCUAGACAUUUCGGGGAUCAACUUAUUCCCACCACUAUGUGAGUAAUGGGCUCACCGUGACUACCCCAAUGAAAAAUUUCUGUCUCGGCCACUACUUGUACCCUCAUGACAACUUGUGUUGAUUAGCACAUGCUAGCACUCCAGCCAGAAGAGGUAAACAGGAAAUCAAACAAGUCUUCAGGGAGGAUGUUGGACCUGAAGACUGACCAGAACCAUUCAACAUUUAAGGAUCCCUGGAUCACAUGGAACACAUUCUAUUUGUGCACUUGGCCACUUAUGACAAAAUGUGCCGUCAUGAUGUGCACUCAACAGAGCAGUAAUGGAGCCUAACCACCCUCGGCACACAGUAUACUUAGCGCAGUGUAAGUACGGAAGUGCGCAAAUUCAAACACAGACUUCUUGCUAAUCCUGUUUGGAGGAUGUUGUUUCCAGCAUGUGUUGGUCCAAUGUGCUCACAACCUUCCCGACUUCUGACUGACACACCAUCAUCCGUUGUUUCAUCUCUGUGUUAACAAGGAGCAGCAUUGUUGCUUUGUUGUCUUCUUUUUCUUCCUCCUUUGUCGACUUCCUUCCUCCCUCCUUCCCAACAGUGCAGUCCAGCAUUCCGCACAUUCCAGCUGUGGAUGUCCAAAAGUGCAUUCCCACACAGCCUCGCCUCCUCCACCCCUUCUCUUCCAGCCUUUAAAACAUCCCAUUCGUCGAUGUCAUGGCUCUGUAUGCUCUGUGGCUGCCAUGAUUGCUUCCUCCUCGGUCUCCUUGGAGGCUGGAAUCACGUGGAGGGAUGGUGGACGAUAGCGUCAUCCGCCGGAGCAAAGAACACUUCUGGGGAAGGCCCCAACCUGUUCACAAUGAACAAAUCAAGGACCAUAAAGGUGCACUUGAAGGAGUCUGGUGUGGAAGAACUGGAACACACAUGGACCCAUUACAAAAUCCUGCCGAAAGUCAUCACAGAAGAGUGGAAGCUGAUGUCAGCUGCAAAUACUUCACAUCUUCAGUUUGUCUUGCCCAUUGCUGCUGCCCAGUUGCCGGUGCUCACCUACUUUAGACUCCAUCUGAUCCUCUGUCCUGACCUCGUGAGGAGCGUGCGCAAGGUGAUCCUCUGUUCCCUCAAAUGAACAUGCACACGAGCAAUGAGGGUGUGACAGAAAAUUGUUAUAGGAGUCAAAUUGAAGCGAUGGCCUCCAUGUGAUGGUCAUUAUGUCACACGACUGUUGGGGGGGGCUCGUGACACAGCAUUACUGGUGUGCUGAAUUAUGUAAGCAGUCUCUUCACACAGUCAAACACUUUCAUAAAAGACAGUUGUUUUUAAGGACAUCGCCUGCUGAUAAAAAAAUAUAUAUAUAUAUUUGUAGGAGUCAAGUCAGCACUUUUUACCAUGAUUACAUUACUACUAUUAGCAGUAGUUAGUAGUACAGUACGAGGAAUGCCGGUGCAUUCAAGACGACAUGAAGCCAACAUGUUCCUUUGCAGCCUUCCAGCCUGCUGACGUUACAUUAGGACUUCCAGGUCUGAUUCUGGACCACAUUAACCCCUCCCUCUCUCUCUCUCUCUCUCUCUUCCUAUGUGACGCGCACUGCUGCGGUUCCGAGACCUGUAGAGGGGAACUGGAUUUGGGAAGUCUCAGCACCGGUCCAUUGUCAAAUGUCGUCACUGAGCAAGACGCGUGAGCCUCGCCCUCGGCGGCCCGGUAGAAUCCAGAACAUUCAUCCGGCUCGGUCGUCGUUUACGUAAGUGAGCCACUGCACAGGCUGCAGCUGUGAAGGAGACAGAGUGGGACUUCAGCUCCUUUUACACAACUCCUGACUGCCUCUGAACUCCUCCCUCCCCACGCUCACGCACACACACACGUCCUAAUCAGCCGGCUUCCCACGCCGAUCAGCUGGCUGCGUGAUGACGUGGGCGGUCAGGAGUUGGCUGACGUCAGAUGACUUUAAUGAGGCAGCAGUUUAAGAGGGUGACCAUAUUAUACGGUAUAGUUAUAUAUAGAGGAAGCUUCAUAAAUUAUAUAUAGAACUUUUUUUGCUUUUCACUAACUCAAGCAAAACUUCCAAUUUAUUUUAGUACCACAAUAUAACGUAAUUACGAAGUAACUCACAGGAUUGGUACAAAAUAGUGUUACUAUAAAGACGAUUUGAUAUUUAGAAAAAUCAGUCAUGAGACAAUUUUAACUCCAAUUUUUGUCCAAUUGCCGAGUUGCCGAGUCCAUGACGGUACGACACAUGACCGAACACAUGAUACAGGUAAUUAUAGCUAAUAAAGGUCAUUUAAGGCUAUUUAAACUUUUCUGGCCUCUUACUACAAGGACAGUCAACUCUUAGUUUUCAAACGUUUAAUUUGUCCAGUGCGAUCUAGGUCGGCUGCUUGGUGUGUCAACCGUAAGUGUCGUGUAGAAACAUUAUUAGAGAAGAAUUGUUCCGCCCCAUAUGCUGUCAUUCUACUAACGUCUGCUGUUGCCAUGGAUACGCGUUCUGUAGCUUCAGAUAGAUAAGGCGUCGUAUAACAUCAACUCUUUUUUAUGCCGCUUAAAAUAAAGUGGCGGAAGAAAAAACAUAGAUAAAAACUUAAUUGUCUCAGGAUCGAAGGACUAAAGCAGUUUUUCUUCGCCGACUAACUCAUUUGUUGUGUUCAGGAAACAAUACGAUUUAGCUGCUUUCGCUUGUUAGCCUGUUUGUGCCGCAUGUCGGAGGAAGACAUCAACAAGAUGAAGACUUGUAGUAGCUUAGAAAAGAAGAGCAAGAAAAGGAAGAAUAGGAAGAACGGCAUUGCUGCUCCACACACGUCUCCACAGGAUUCAGUCAAGCCUCCUGAAGCCGUGCACUUGUCCCUGCUGCCGGCAUGUACGAGGCCUCGAGGUCAAACAUGCAAGCUGCAAGUGGCCUGCAAGAAGACCAAAGACCGACCCCUGGUAGACAAACCCCCCAAAGAGCUGGAUUGGAGCAGAAGCGAUGACGCCAUGACAGCGGCCUGUGUGGCUCAGCUCAGUGUCCAGGUAACGGAGAGUCUGAGGUGGGAGGGUGCACUGGAGGACCCCCAGGCGGAGGAGGAGAGGCUUAAGGUGUACCGGGCCAACAGGAGGCGGCGUUAUGUUGCUCAGCAAGAGACGCAAAAGCUGUCCAUGCUGGCUGAGACAUCGCAGCUUUUGAGCCAAGACAGACUGUGACAUGUUCUUAUUUGUUCACAUUGAAAACGCAUCUUAAGAUGCUUGAAGAAGAAGACACAAGCAACACUACAGCCUCCUCUUCUAAAAAACUGGCGAUUCUUGUGGAAUGACCCAACCAGCAUCAUGAGGAGGAGUAACAUGACCGUCCUCCACAGGAAGCUUAUGUCCGCAAGUCCACCUGGUGAAGGACGCCAAGCUAGAGGCAUGUGAUCAUCAAGACAACUGCAGCCAGCUCAGAGCUUCGUCCUUGGUGAUGGCCCGUCCUGAUACGAGCCUCUCAGCCACCGCAGAAACCGCCGGGUCAUAGUUCAAGCUGGCCGCCGCUAUGACCUCAUCGUUCCUGCUCAAGGAUGCAGAUUAGAGCAUCACGCCCGUCGCGACGAGGAGCUGAUCGUAACGCUGCACAGAGCCGUCGUCAAAUGUCACCGUCUUCUCGUUCGUGUCUACAGACAGUGCCUUUGCAGCCAGAGCAGAGGCAACCGGCUUUGUGUGGAAAAUGCUGACCAGGCAGCGAUCGCUGUGAAUGGAGCCAAACAAAGAACAACCUGCACGCUUUGGGGUGGCAGCUUCACCUGCUCUAGCCUGGAGUCUCGCUCGUAGUAAGAACACACCCUCAGAUGCUCUGACAUGGACGGAACGUCCCGGAAGCACCAAUUGUCCACGGGAGAGAAGGCUGUGCUGAAGUGCCACACCUGCAGACAAGGACAUCCUUCCAACUGACCCUACCCUGAGGGCCGGACGUCCUCUGCCAGCGCAGCGUGACCAUCCCUCGGACCGGCAGCAGAGAGGAGCACACCUGUCUCAUGAGGCGGGACACCAGAGCCAGCUGGGACAGGGACAGGCUGUCCAAGAAGCUGGCUAUAUGACACAGGACUUCGUAUGGCAGCAAGCUCAGAGUGGGUCCGCCUGAGGAAUUGUAGGGAGAUCCAACGGGUGGGAUGGUGGGACGCAGCUGGAAGCAGCCCAGAUCCUCCCUGAAGAAGAUGAUCCACAUCAUCAAAAGCUUCGUCAGGUGCAGCCCAAAUACGCCAGCGGACAUCUCUGCUGGAACCAGCCAUUCACGCACAUCUGGAUGUCGCUGUGCACGUUUCUGCAUCAUACCAUCAGAACAGCAAUAUGCAAAUGACUAUCCUGGAAUUCAUCUGGAUACUCCGUAGACGGAGACUGACGUCACAUCCACGCAGUGACGACAAGUUGGAGGUGGAGCUCUGCCGUCUUCUUGGCCAUCAGGUCUCCCAGCGAUGUGUUCCUACCGAAAGGAGCUGAAAGGAAGUUGUACGUCUGCGUGCCCUCAUCCUGCAGGAGACCAUCCGUACACACCUUCUCUGCGAUCAGGUGACCUCGCUGCUCAUUCUCCAGCGAGCACAGCAAGGAGGCCUGAGGAGCACACUUGAUGACAGGCAGAAAGGACUGAGCGAUGAGUAGGUGCCGUGCAGCCAGCAGGGGGUGCCAACAUGCUCACUGCACCUCCUGCUAUAGCAGACGAUGCAGGGCGCCAGUGGAGGCCGGUGUGUGCUGCCCGCUGGUCUCGUGCCGCCUGCUCUGUGGGGUGCAUUUCCACCUGUGCAAAGAAGAGGAGCACAUGUUGCUGUGCCCCAAAGUCAAUGUGCCCUGCCUCAAUGCCGCCUAUGGCUGCCCGGCCCACCUCAGACGCUCCCAGCAGGCAGCCCACCUGCAGGUGUGUCCUGCCAGCGUGGUGGUCUGCAGCGUGGAGUGGAACCGAUGGCCCGCCGACCACACCGACCCGCACUGCCCGCAAUGCCUACAGGAGAACGUCUUGAAAGAGAAUGAGUGCCAGGAGGAGGCCCUGGAUGUUGCCAUGGCGCUGGUGGAUCAGGAAGACCUAUUUGCCCGAUUGAAGAUGAAACCCCUGUUCCCUGAACUGAUGGACCCUCAAGAACAGCAGGAGGAGACACAGGUGGACGCCAUAAGACAGAUGAUUGACUGCCCAAACAUACAUGAAGGGUCACUCACUAAAGAAGACAGCGCUUGUGAGGACGUGGUCACCAUGGAGACAGAUGCAGGUGAAGCGAGAGGGUCUUUGGUGGUCAGCAAGGAGAAACUGAAGCUGAGUGAGAUGAUGUUUGGGAUGGACAAAGGCGGCUGUGCGCUGGCUGAGGCAAGGCAAAUGCAAUCAGAACCAAACUCUCGACCCCGCCAGAAAGACUUGCUUCAUAAAGGAGACGAAGAUCCAGAGAAAGGUGGGAAGAACAUGAGUGUGGACAUAAAAGGAGACGCUGCUGGUGCAGAGACAUUCCCACCUCCAGACACAAGCAAGACAGGCCUGGCGCCGUGGCAGGAGGGGGUUCUGGAGCGUCUGGGCCAGGAGCUGAGCCCACAUGAGUACAACAUGUACGUGGUCCAUCACGGCCGCAUGCUACUUGCUUUUGGACAAAUUGAGGCGUGUACGCCCCGAGAGAAGGACUUUGUCUACGGGAGCCUGGAGCCCAUUCCCGUCCAGACUUUGCGCUCCUUCAAGGUUCCAGACAGCUACCACUACCGGCGUCGAGUUCAUCUGUAUGACACCGCCGCCCGAGCCCUCAGUGAGACUCGCAGCGUGGACACGUCUGAGCUCCAAGUCAGCGAGGAAGACUUCUUUAGCGAUGAAGCAGCUGACACUCUGCUGGGAUACGCAGAGAGGGAGGUCAGAGGGCACAAGAUCAGUGAGUCCAAAGCAGCAGACGGGCUCUAUGUGGACGUGGGAACUCAAACAUACUCGUUCCGCUCUGCACCAUUUAAGCGUGACAUCACCUUGGCGGAGGUAACAUCUGGCAGGCCGCUGAAGCUCUACUUGAGACUGCAGGACGAGAGCGUGAGCGGCCGACACAACCGAACCAGUUGUGUCUUCAACUUCCUGUGCGGCCACAGCUUUCUGCGUCGGGAGUUCUCCUCACAUGUCAAGAAUGUCCACGCUGACAUUCAGUCGUGUCUGAGCGGGUGGUUCGAGCAGAGGUGCCCCCUGGCCUACUUGGGCUGCACGUACACUUGGAGGAGGUUCCGACCUGCCAACCAUGACGCCUUAGUCACCUACAAUCAGCACCUACGCAGUUUCAACUUGCGUCCCACACAAGAACCUUCAGCGGCAACUGCUGGUGGGGGCGAGGGGUCCGCUCUGAGCGCACUGCCCUACGAGGUCCUGUGUCACAUGGCCAGCUUCCUCGACAGCCUGUCCCUGUCCCAGCUGGCUCUGGUGUCCCGCCUCAUGAGGCAGGUUUGCUCCUCUCUGCUGCCGGGCCGAGGGAUGGUCACGCUGCGCUGGCAGAGGACAUUAGGCCCCAAGGGGGCUGUCAGGUGGACAGCUGAACCUGUUUGGGAGUUCAGUCGUCUCUUCUCCUCGGUGGACUCAUGGCAGAUGAAGAACGAGCCCCUGAUGUCUGCCCACCUUAAAGUCUGCCCUUUCUAUGAGACCACCAUGCCUAGUCAGCCUGUGCCUCUACUCCGUGUGACUGAGGAACAUGUUGGUCCACAAGUUGGUCCUCAGUCACCCAGCCUGGUCAAACACUUCACAUCUGGACGGUCCUGAGAGACACAUACUGUUCCUUUGAAAGUCUUCCAAGCAGUAUUGUGUGGGGGGUACACUGCAUGGUUCUAUUUUCUGUUAUAUCAUAUUAAACCAUUAAAGGAAGCUGCCCCUCUACAGUAAUUUCUCUCUUUAUGGAGUUGAUGUGAUAUCAUGGGAUUUAUUUUGGCGUGUUCUAUCCCUGAGAUCUCCAUACCAGACCUUAUGGAACCUUGACGUGAAGUGCCUCCUCCUGCCGUUGGGUGGCACUAGUCUCCUCCUGGCACACAUCACAGUUUCAUCGUGCACGGGUCUGGCUGUGUCACCUAGGCGCGUGCACACAAGGUGAAAACGAGGUUAUUUGUCCUCACGCUCAUCUUCCUCAUCACCCUCAUGUGCCUCAUUCUCAGCCGCUUCAACGCGAAGACAGCCUGCUGCUGCGCGUCCGCCGACGCUCGGGAGCGCGCACACGCGACGUCUAGCGUGGACCUUUUGUCUGCCACGGUAGAACAACGACACGUCAGGUAGGCCACGCGCAUACGCACACAUACAUUAUCAACGUGAACGGCUCUCGUGCACAAAACAAAGGAGCGUGAGCGUGUGUUGUUUUUGGUGGUGCGUACACGGACGCGCAUCCU